GUUCGUCGUUCAGUGGUUCAGGGCGUUCAGGCCUUUCAGUAGUUUAGUUUAGUGUUUAGUGUUAUUUUUUGUACUAGUGAAUGGGUUUUAGGUUUAUAGUUUAAAAAGAGUUGAUAGUAUGCUAAUAUGGGCCUUUCCUCACAACAAGUCUUAUCAUUUAUGUCUCCAGAUUCUUGGACUCCAGUUUUUUUAAUGCCUGGUUAUAAAUCAAACAAUGGAAUUUAUACAAUAACUACAAAUGAAAAAUAUUUACAACGCUGUAAUGACAUGUAUAAAAUGGCAUUAAAUAGUUAUACAUUUGAAAAAGUUCUUACAUAUCAAUUGAUGGGAUUAGUUGUGGUGGAAAUCAAAGGAUUAUGGUGCAGAGGUAGAAUGUUAAGUUAUAAUGAAUUUUUGGUUAAAAACACAACUGUUGAAUUAAUUGAUUCUGGAACUAUUGUCAAAAAACAAUUAUGUGAUUUAUAUCAACUUCCAAGUAGUUAUAAAUAUGACCCUUUAUGUAUUGCGAUUAAACCUGUUAAUGAAAUUCCUUCCCUCGCAUCUAUACAAUUUUAUAUUCAACCUUUAUUGUUACAAAGUGAACUUCAUAAAGGUUAUGUUGCAGUAAAUACAAAACCAAUAGAAAAGGUUAAUGAGUUAUAUUUAGAGAAUUCUUAUGAAGAAAUAAGUAUAAGAGGUUCUUAUCCUUUAAUUAUUAGUACAAAGGACAAAUGUAUAGUUACAAAGUCUAAAUGUAGUGUGCAAGAAUUAAACAAGUUUAAUGACUUAUUAAUUAACACAAACGGAAUCAAAGAACAAGGUGUUGAAUAUAAAUAUGUCGAGUUUUCAAAUGAUUUAAUAGAGCUGUUAAAUAAAGAAAAAAAUAUUUUUUUGAAAACUUUGUUAAAUGAUAUAAAUAUAUAUGGAUUGAAUAAUAUAUUUUCAAGAUCUAUUUAUUAUGAGCCUAAAUGUUUAUCAUUGAAAUACACUGAUCAAAAUAAUCAACUAGUUCUUGUUAAUGAAGUCAUUAAAAAUGACCAAAUUAAAGACAAUAUCAAUGUAACCAAUAUGGAUGAUUCAUCAAUAAUUGAAGAAUCUCAAUUAUGUGAUUUAAUAACUGACUCUACACCGUACAUGUCUGUACAUAAUAAUAUAUUUAAAAAUGGAUCUUUAGUUGAAUUUUGCUAUGGUACAAAUAUUGAUUUUGUAUAUAUUAGAAAUUAUGAUCAAAAAAAAAUAUAUUCAAAAGAAAUGAAACAGUUUUACGCCUAUUAUAAAAAAAAUGAAAAUUUAAAAAUAAAAACAAAUGCAACUAUUGGAGAUAUGGUUGCAGCUACUUUGCUAUGUUACAAUGAAACACACAGAGCUGUAAUAUUAGAUAAGAACCCUAAACAUUAUUUUUGUUUUUUUAUUGAUAUUGGCUGUAAAGAAUAUGUUAACUCAAAUAAUGUAUUUUAUUUACUAGAAGAAGUUAAAAAUGUUCCUUAUUUAGCACAUAGAGUGGAGUUGAAUAAUAUUCCAUUGCAUAAUACUAUGCAACUAAAAUAUUUAAAGAUCUAUUACGAACAAUUGUAUUUACAACCAUUAUUAAUAGAAUUUGUUGAAAGUAAUUCUAACCAAUCAAAGAAAGCAAUUUUAAAAAAAAAAUCAGAUAAUAAGGAUAUUUAUUUAGAUGUAAAAGAAUUUUUACAAAAACAAUUAUUUAGUUUUAAUAUGUCUAAUAAUGAAGGAAUUGGAUCAAAAAUAAAAGAUUAUUUGAAGUAUAAUGAUUUGUUUAAAAAUGGCACUGUAGUAUUAAUUACUUACUUUUGUUCUAUAAAUCAAAUUUAUAUCCGUAUUAACACACCUGAAUUAACAGAAUACUAUAAUAAUUUAAUUACAGAAGUUAAUCAGUUUUAUGUGGAUUUGAAAAGUGCAUAUCACAGAAAGACUCCAAAAAUAGGUGAAAAGGUUGCUGUUAAAUCUGCAUCCAAGAAUAAAUUUGUACGUGCUACUAUUUCUAAAAAAGUUAAUGAUACAACUUAUUCAGUAUACUAUAUUGAUUGUGGUGAUAAAGAAUAUGUAAAAGCAAACAACAUUUUUCUAUUACCACAUAGAUUUAGACAUUUACCACAAUCAGUGAUUAAAAUUGGUUUAAAUAUUACAACGCCCGUGAAUAAAAUUGAACUUUCUAAAUAUUUCAAUGAAUUAAUUCAAUUAAAAGUUUCAUUAAUUGCGGAGUUUGAUGAAGAAGAUCCACUAGGCUUUCAAAAGACUGUUUUAAGAAAGAAGCAUGAUGGCGUUAAUAUUAAUGAAGAUAUUUGUAAUCUAUAAAUACUUAAUAACACUUAUGUUAGGAUUUUAGACUAAAAUUUAAGUAUUAUCAGUUUUUAAUAAUUGUACUUUUCAUUUUUAUAUUUUCUUAAAUUAAAUAAUAUAACAGUGAUUAAAUUAAAUUAUUCUAGUUAAGUAAUACUAGACAAUUAAUUGUGGCAAUCACAAUAAUCAUAUUAAUUUUAUCAUCUACUUAUUAUAUAAAAAUAAAAUAAAAUUCAAAAACAAUUAUGAGUUAAAUGUGUUAAGGUUGUCAGCUGUCGAGAGAAAUGAGCAGAAAAUAAAUCACAUUAAUUUAGUAUCA